AUGACAGGCGGCCUCGAUCCCCUCAUGCUCCAGUACAAUGCGAGUAUUCAAUACGACAAGCUCCUGUUCAAGGAAGACAUCCUCGGCAGUAUUGCGUUUGCUCGCGCAAACGCCAAGUCUGGCAUCAUUUCUAAGGACGAAUUCACUGAAAUCGAGCGAGGCCUCCGGGAGGUUCAGAAGGAGUGGGAGGCUGAUGCCUUUGUUAUCAUGCCCAACGAUGAAGAUAUCCAUACCGCCAAUGAGCGCCGGCUUGGUGAGAUUAUUGGCAAGGACAUCGCCGGCAAGCUACACACGGGUCGCAGUCGCAAUGAGCAGGUUGCCUGCGACAUGCGUCUGUGGCUUCGCAACCAGAUCGAGGAGAUUGAGGGCCACCUGAUUGCCUUGAUUGAGCGUGCCAUGCCUGUCCUGUGGUCGCAGCAUCUGUUGUCAUUUGGCUUCUACUUCGCAAACGAUCUGGAGCGGCUGCGCGAGACUUCAAAGCGUGUCAACAGGAGCCCGCUUGGUUGUGGUGCUCUUGCUGGCAAUGGCUUCAACAUUGACCGCGAUAUGAUGGCCGAGGAGCUGGGCUUCGCAGACAUUCUAUGGAACUCCAUGAAUGCUGGUGUACCCUUCCGUGAGACGCACCACAUCUCUGGGCGAUGUGUCGCCACGAGCGAGAAGCUAGGUAUUCCGAUGAACGAGCUCUCGCUGGAGCAGCUUCAGGCUAUUGAUAGCCGAUUUGGGGAGGACGUUGCGCAGACAUUUGACUACGAGCGAAGCGUCGAGAUGAGGUCGGUCAAGGGUGGUACUAGUCGAUCAAGCGUUCUGGAGCAGAUCAAGGUUCUUAAGGCCACGCUGGCGUAG